UAUUGUCGUGGUCUUGGCCUCGAUAUCGCUCACUCCAUAUUCAAUCCGGGUCGAUUAUCUCAUUCCUCCAUCAACAUCCGUUGUGCACAGCUGGCUGGCCUUCCACCCCUUUGCUACCAGUCCUGUUCUAUAUACCCCAUGUACUGUGUAUACCUAAUCACAUGGUACCACACAUAAGAGGGCUGCUCGUGGAGCGGCAGUUCUCUCAUGUAUUACCAUCGGGUGCCGUUACACCUAUUGCGCAUGAGUCUCGGGGUGCAGCAAUCAUAAUCGGCAACGCAACAUGCCAAAUAGUAGGGACGUUGUUCUUCCUCGCACGAGUAUAUUCUCGCGGUGUAAUUAUUAAUUCGUGGAAGGCUGAAGACACCACUCUGGCAGUGGCUUGGCUCUUCGCUACGGGAUUCAGCAUAUGUCAAUAUGCCCAAGUCUAUCUGGGCUACGGUCAUCACCUGACCUACAUUUUCCGGCACUUGGGAGCUUACCACAGCAGCGUAUCGCAGCAAUACGCUUUCGCCUCGCAAAUUCUCGUGCUCUUCGCGCUGGCGGCACCGAAACUCAGCAUCUGUCUGACGUAUCUACGGCUUGUUUCUUCCGACACGUGGGGGAGACGCCUGAUCAAACUCCUCAUCGUCGUUGUGGUCGCGCCAACCAUCCCCUUCAUCUUCGGUUCCAUUUUCCAGUGCCGGCCCAUCAGCGCGUACUGGACCGAAGGCCGACCAGCGUCGAAAUGCGCCGAAGACAUCUCCGGCCUGUGGAUCUCGGGCGGAAUGAGUAUAUUCGUGGACCUGGCGCUCGUAGUCAUAGUCCUACCGCAAGUGCUGAGGUUGCAUCUUAAUACGCGCCAGAGAUGGUCUCUUAUCUCCAUCGUCAUGCUGGGCUUGCUGGCCGCAGGCGCGGGCUUGACGCGGAUCGUACGUGUGAAUACGACGCUGCGCAAGCAGGACUUCGACCCUAGCUGGGAUAUGUACGACCUCUCCAUCUGGACAGCUACAGAGAUCUAUGUCAGCUUAAUAUGCGCGGCUGCGCCUGGAAUGAAGCCUCUGGUGUCGAAAAUAUUGCCGAAAUUGUUGGGAUCGACGCUGGCGAGCGACAAGCAUACUGCCACUACCGGCUACAAGAGUACACAUCCGCCUGAUUCGGUGGAAUUGAGUUUGUCUAGGCAGCGGCGAGGGACGAUUGGGAGCACGCGAGUCCGGAGGAAUACGCAUGAUUCGAUUUUGGAGGAAGGAGACGGUCCAUAUACUGAGGUGGGAAGGGGCGUGGAUGGGAGGGACGAUGAUGAAGUGAGUGUGGAGAGUAAAUGGAGUGCCACCGUAGUUGCGGAGAGACUUCCUAGGAUAGAGGAAGUGGAGGCGACGAGAGAUGUUCCUUGA